AUGGUACAGCGUCUCCUAGAUGCAGGUGCCGACCCAGACGGCUCAGUUUGGGACAGAGAAGUUCCUCUCGCUGUUGCCGCACGUGCUUGUCAUGAAGAUGUGGUUGAUAUCCUUCUGCGACACGGCGCGAAUCCCAGCAGUAGUGAAUACAUGCUCGGCUAUCCGCUGAUGGCAGCAGCCGCUGGUGGAAGCUUGGCAAUCGUGAGGAAACUCCUCGACCAUGGUGCCAUCGCCGACCUGAAAGAGCCCUCGACUAUAUACUACGCUGUUUUGAAUGAACACACGGAGAUGGUGAAUCUUCUCUUCGAGUCAUUUGCCCCCAUGGAGCCCGAAACAAUCAACUGGCCUCUAGAGGUCGCUCUUGAAAGGGGACUAGAGAGCAUGGUUGAUGUUCUAAAAGGUCUAGGGCCCAAGAACAAUCAAUUUCUUUCUGGCCAGGCUAUUCGAAUUCUCCUUGGCGAUGGUCCAAAUGAUCUCUAUCUUCAAUGGAUGCAAAGAUGGCCAGACACUCCAUUCAUACGGUUCCAGUCUUGGUUUAACUCUGAGGUCCUCAUAACAAAUAAUCUAGAGGCAUGUCGUGAAGUCCUUCAAACGCAUGCAUACUCCUUUGUAAAGCCCAGUUUCUUCGAGAAAAUGAUUGGAGAAUUCUUGGGGGUGGGUCUUCUUUUCAGCGUAGGCGAUGAGCACAAGCGGUUAAGGCGAAUCGUAGCCGGUAAGAAGGUUUCUCUACGCAUCAAGUUACAGGAAACUUAUAUCAGAAUAGGCCCCCUUUCUCGGCCAAGUGUUCGACGGUUGUCGCCCGUCUUCCUCACUCAAGCCACAAAACUGUGCAGUGAUAUAGAACAUGCGCUGGAAAAGGACGGUACCAAUACUGUUGAAAUUGAGCCUCUUAUCACCAAAGCAGCUCUUGACGUUAUUGGGGUAUCAUUACUCGGUCAAGAGAUGCACCGAGUUCGGUCACCGACGUCGCCAUGGACAUACGAGGAGUGUUACCAAAAGAUUCUUUCUCCACCGAAACUUGGACAAUUCAUCAUGUUCAUAAACCCCUUCAUUCCGCUGCGAUGGAUCCCAGUAAAGGCCAACCGUGAUUACCUGAGUGCCAAGGCAUGGCUUGAGCAGAUGAUGAUCGAGUUGAUCGAAAGCCGGACUGCGCAAAUCAUGGAAAGCAAGAAACCAGACGAGGAAAGCCUUGAACCAAGAGACUUUUUGAGUCGCAUGAUCGAAGCAAGUAUGGCUGCUGACCAGAAGUUGACAAAACGACAACUGAUUGACAUAACUUUGCAAUCCAUUGCUGCAGGGCAUGAUACUACUGCCUCUGGCCUUACUUGGGCAAUGUAUUCACUUGCCGUGCAUACGGACGUGCAAGAUCGGCUGCGAAAGGAGAUUCUCGAAGCUAGACUGACUGAGGCCAACUUUAGUCUCGUCGACGACCUUCCCUAUUUAAACAAUGUCGUUAGAGAAUCUCUGAGGCUAUAUUCGCCAGCUCUAAUGUCGCCUUGGCAAGCUGCAAAAGACCUCGUCAUUGUAGGUGUUCAUGUGCCAAAGGGUACAAUUGUGCAGACUGUCCCAGCCACAAUCCAGCGGAACCCUCAAAUAUGGGGUGAAGAUGCCGACUCCUUCAAACCUGACAGAUGGGAUAACCUUAAAGAAGGUGCUUUAAGCCCUUUUGCCUUUGAGCCGUUUAUAAAUGGACCACGAAUGUGCCCUGGAAAAGCAUUGGCGUUGCUAGAGAUGAAAGUCUUGUUGGUGGAAGUAAUAAGGAAGUUUGCUGUUGAAGCAACUGUCAAGGAUUUGGGAUUUCUUAACCCAUCAUUGACGUUGAAACCAAAGGAGAGCCUGAGAUUAAAAAUGCGACGUUUGAACUAG